AUGGAAAGCCUUCAAGCACGCAUCGACUCCUUUCUUAAAUCCAAACGCGUCAAAAGGAGUUCGAAGCCAAACUCUACUUCUGCAACCGUGAAAUGGCCCCAUCCUCUCUCUUUCAAUGCCAACCCACACACCCUUGCCGAAGCAGGUUUCUACUGGGUACCAAGCUGGGAGGACAGGGAUAGCGUCGCUUGCUUUCUGUGUCACAAAGAGCUGAGCGACUGGGACGAGAACGAUAACCCUUUCCUGAUUCAUUGGCAGAAGUGUGGCAGUACUUGUGCAUGGGCAAUAGUCCGGUGCGGACUCAGUGAGGAUAUUGCAGAGGAUGGAAGCUUUGUAUUCUUGAACAAGAAACGCUUGCCAACGAGUAAGGCGAUGGAGAAGGCACGUCUUCAGACAUUCGGCGAAGAUUUGUGGCCUCAUGACGGGCAAGAUGACCACGGCGCUAGCUCAAAGAAGAUGGCUCAGGGAGGGUUUGUGUAUACCCCCCAAACAAAGGGUGAUGAUACCGUGACUUGCUUGUAUUGCAACCUCUCACUGGGUGGCUGGGAUGUUGACGAUGAUCCAAUGUGGGUACAUGAAGUUCUUUCCCUGAGACGCAAGGUGACCCAUCCACGGCAGGGGGGAGCAUAA